CUUUACAUAUUAUCAUAAUAGCUAUUGCUAUUGGAUUAUGUUCAAACGUUAAAACUGAUUCCGAUUGUGGUGAACCACUGUUAGAAAAAGCAGUACUAAGAGCAACUUCUUCAUUACCAGACAGAGGACCAGAAAAUGCUAUUCUCAAUGGUGUUUAAGUGUAUCAUAGUGGCUGUUUAACUGUCCCAAAGAAUAUAAAUUUUUAUGCACAUCAUUUUUACAAAAUUCGCACAGUACGAUUCUACAAUGACAACGUCAAACAGGGUUCGUUGGGUAUUCGAUUGUGGCAAUUGGUUUCCAUCAGAAAGUGAUUGGUCUAAAGUUUCUCGUUCUAUACAACUUGAAGAAAAAGAAAGAAUUGGUCGAUUUGUUUUUAAACGAGAUGCUAAACGUUCAAUUAUAGGACAACUAAUGAUUAGAAAAUUUUUAUCAGAAGCUACUCAUUUACCUUGGUCUCAAAUAAAAACAAAAAGAGAUUUAAAUAACAAACCCAUAAUAGAAGGAUUUAAUUUAAAUUUUAAUGUAUCACAUGAUGGAAACUAUGUUGUAUUAGCUGGUGAAGAAAAUAUUAGUGUAGGAAUAGAUAUCAUGAAAAACUGUUAUAAAGGUGGAAAAAGUUUAAAUGAAUUUUUUAGAUUAAUGCAUAGAAAUUUCCAUUUAAAGGAGUGGGCUUAUAUUAAUAAAGGAACAGAUAUAAAAAAAACUAGUUCAUUUUAUCGAUUUUGGUGCUUAAAAGAAAGUUAUGUUAAAGCAACCGGUACUGGGCUAACAAUUGAUCUAAAAAAUAUAUGUUUUGUUCCACAAAAUGAGUUGAAAAAACAUUCAAUAUUGAAUGAUACUAAAUUAUUUAUUAAUGAUAAACUAAUGUCAGAUUGGAGUUUUCAUGAAUAUUUAUAUGAUGAUUAUAUAAUAACUGUGUGCAUCAAAGGAUCUAUAACCCCAGUUAACUUUAAGCUUAUAACUUUCCAAGACCUAAUAAGUAAUGCAGAAAUGAUAACAGAAGAAGAUGAAAAUUACUGUAAAUUAUUCUUGAAUAAAGAAGAACAACCUUAGCUAUAAAUUAAUUUUUACAUGUUCAGAAAUACAUUUUUCUUGUAUAUAUUAUAAUAUAUAUAUUGAAUAUAUUAUUAUAAUAACAUAUUAAAUUAUACUUGUAUUUUUUUCAAAUAUUAAAACAACAAUAAUGUUAAUAUUGAUCUUUUAGAUAGUAAGUUAUUUUAAAAAUAAUAUGGAAGGUAAUAAGUAAAUGUAUUUGUUUUAUGAUAUAAUAUUGCAUGUUAUGUAGUAAUAGUAAAUAGUUAUUAUACUUAUGAAGAAUUGGUUGUAUAAUUUUGUUUUCUUGACAAGCAUAAUAAAAGGGUUUAUUUGAUUAUGCGUGCCUUGUACAAGUAGUUAGUUGCCAAGGAGGAAAUGUUAUUGACUGGUACCAAUAAAAAUAAAAAAUAAAAAAUAUUUUAUUUAUU